CCCUUGUGCAGCAGUGGGAGGGGUUUCCUUGCCCGGUCUCCCCAGGCCUCUCUAAGAGAAGAGUUCUCUCCUGAGUCCUGCAAAAGCUGGCUUCAUAUGAAAGAUGAAACUUCUCCAAAGAAUCCCUGUUUUAAGGAUAUUUGCGAAGUGCUACUGCUGUCAUCAACGGUGCCAUCUUCCUUCACUUGCUAAAAGGACCACUAAUUUCACAGACGUGAAUAUCAUUCAGCACAACUGUUUGUGGAAUACGUUUAAAAACUGCCCAAGAAGGUAUCACCAGGCCCCAGGAAUGCUAUGGCAUCACGAAGCCCUGCAAAAGCACUUACAGAAUGUCAGCCAAGAAUACCAAAGUAUUGGUCAGUUGCUAAACGAUAGCUCAAUUAAUGAAUACAGAAGAAGAGAUCUCAGUAAAAGACAUGCUGAAUUGUUCCCACUUGUGGUGUCGUUUAAAGAAAUACAAGAAGCACAAAAAGAAAUGCAGGAUUUGGAGGCACUGUGUGCAAAGCUCAACAGUUCAGAAGAGGAAGCACUCCUUGAACUUGCCAUUGAGGAAAGGGCAGUUAUUGACCAGAAGAUUCGUGAUCUUUAUCAAAAGCUUUUCCGGAUCUUGAUACCCAGGGAUAAAUAUGAUGAAUGUGAUGUUAUAUUAGAAGUGACAUCUGGCAGAACAACCGGAGGUGACAUUUGUCAGCAAUUUACCAAGGAGGUAUUUGACAUGUACCAGAACUAUGCGGAUUAUAAAUGCUGGACCUUUGAAAUUAGGAAAUACACUCCAUAUGAAUAUGGUGGACUACACCAUGCAGCUGCUUAUAUUUCUGGAGACGAUGUCUAUAGACAUUUAAAAUACGAAGGAGGCAUUCACAGGGUACAGCGAAUCCCUGAGACUGGUUUAUCUUCUAGAAUGCAGCGAAUCCACACUGGUACCAUGUCAGUUAUUGUCCUUCCGCAGCUUGAAGAGAUAAAUAUUAAAAUAGACCCAAGAGAUCUGCGCAUUGAUACAUUUCGUGCCAAAGGAGCAGGUGGACAGCACGUUAAUACAACAGAUAGUGCUGUAAGAAUUGUACACAUUCCCACAGGGGCAACUGUUGAGUGCCAGCAAGAACGAUCUCAACAAGUGAACAGGGAAAGAGCUAUGCAGGCACUGAAAGAAAAGUUGUACCAACAGGCCAUUGAGAGAGAACUAAGUCAGAAGCAGAGUGCCAGAAAGAUGCAGUUAGGGACAAGAUCUCAGUCAGAGAGAAUUCGCACAUAUAACUUCAGUCAAGACAGAGUCAGUGACCACAGGAUCUCAUACGAAGUUCGUGACAUCAAGGGAAUUUUAAGCGGCAAGGGGGUCUUGGAUGAACUAAUCAACAAAUUGUUGGAAGCGGCAGAGAUGGAAUCUCUGGCUGAAUAUCUGGAAAAUAGUUGCAAGUCUCUACAAGCAGAUUCUUGACUGGAUUGUGAAAUGAAAAGGCCCAUUCUUUAUUUAUUUAUAAAAUUAAAUGGAAACACUUGUUUUAGCAUUAAACAAGCUACCAUUUCAUUA